AUGGGGGCAUCGAUACUUGCUCGACAAAUCAGUGACAGCAGCACCAGCGACGACGCCGAUGACGGGUAUUGGUGGUACUCUUCUACGGCUGAGGCCAUCAAAUGGGCUGCGGUCGCAGCCAUCGUCCUCGCUUUCUCCCUCUACUUCCUAGCAGGACACAUGCAUGCCAGGCGGAGAAUGCAGAAGGGGUUACCACCCUUGGCUUAUCAUCGGUGGCUCGUCUCACGCCGUCAAAAGGUUGCCUUUCUACAGCAACAUCCGGAGUAUGCAAAUCAGUUCGCAUUCUACCGAGCACAGCAGGACCAGGUGUACUACUCGUAUGCUCCUGGGUCGGGACAGGUAUAUCAGAUGGGUGGAAUGUACGGGCCACCUCCACCUGCGUACCACGAACCAGAGUACGUCCCUGCAUACACUCCUCCGCAAGAGACUGGACCGAACAAAGUCAAUCCUGAUCAACGGUACGACCCUCCGAGCGGACCUCCCCCAGCCACUACCAACGCGGCGGCAGGGCCAACUCAACCAGAACCAGCACGAGUCACACCGUGA